AAAGGAGUUCGUCCUCGUUUGACUGGAAGUUAUGCCAAUAUUGGUGUAGUGAAACCGAAAUGAGGAUUAGAGCCGCACGCUGCGUGGGCCAGUUCUUCGGGGUCCUUCUGUUGGCGAUAUGCUCGCGGAUCGCAUCCGGAGAGCUAUCAUUGGAGGGCGAUAACGUUUGCUACCGCUACGAGAGCUACACUGAAACUGAGACCAUUCCGCGCAAUCAAACGGUGCAGGUUCUGACACGACAGUGGUGCCUUGAGAUUCCUCCCCGAUGCACGUCUUAUCGUACCGAAAUCAAGGAAGUGUUUGUGAAGCAGAACGUCACCAAAACGAGGCGCGUCGAGUUCUGCUGCGAGGGCUACCAGGAGCACCGGACCGGAAGCGGCACCGAGUGUCGUCCGAUUUGCCGUGGCGGCUGCGUCCACGGGGUGUGCCUGGCCCCGAACGUGUGCAGCUGUGAGGCCGGAUUCAGUGGCAAGCACUGUCUGCAGCGAUGUCGGAACGGAACGUGGGGUGUGAACUGCAAAAACCGAUGCCACUGUCAGAAUUACGCUUUGUGCGACACGAAAACGGGUCACUGUCGGUGCGUCGAAGGCUGGAUGGGCAAAUACUGCGAAACGCCUUGCCCGGAGGGUCACUAUGGGACGAUGUGUGGCAGUCGGUGCGCUUGUCGGACCCGACAUUGCCAUCCGCACACUGGAGCCUGUUUGCCGGACGACGAGGUGGUGAUGUUCGACAACAUUACGCGCACGGUCGAGAGCAGCUUCUCGGUCGAGAGCACCGAGCGCAUCUCGGCGGAGCAGUGGAUUAAGGUCGGGAACGAUACGGAGGUGAGCAGCGUUGGACCAGUUACUACUACUACUGCUAGUGGUACUAACGAUAGUAGCAGCAGCACUACAACAACGACGGCAACCGACACGGAUGGGGCGAGCUCGAGUGCGACGUACGCCGAGUCCUACCACGAGUAUCUGCCGAACAACACCGAGAUGAGUAUGGUGCUGACGAAGGGACACUCGCGGCACGCCAAGAAUGACAGCGUUUACGAGCUCGUGACGACGACGUCCCGCGUCGAGAUCACCUUCAUCGAUACGGCGGAGGAUGACGGCGAAGGAGCCGUUGUCCACUCGAACGGCACCACCGACACCCAGCUCGUCUACCUCGAGUCUUCGAAUCAACCCGUCCUGGUCGGCAUAUCCGAUCCGGGGGCCGAUCGGAACCGGGCGCAGGACGAAGUGAACGAUCGGCAGGCGUUCGUAACGAUCUCCUGUCUGCUCAUCACGCUGGCACUGCUGAUCUCGGUCGUGGCGUACCUGAAGCGUUUGGAUCGCAAAACGUUGGCCAAACCGACGAACGUGGUCAGCCCGGCCCCGGUGAAGAUCGUCGACGAAAGCGUUCAGACCGGGCCCGAUCCGAACCGAUCGUCGGAACCGUUGCCGGAGCUGCCGCACGUCACGUACACUCGGGUGAAGCCAAAGCCCUUCCGAAACGGUGAUAUCGAACACUACGAUGUACCGGCCAACAACAGCUUCAUCCAUCGGGCCAAGUCCUCACCGUACAACUACAACUUCUCCGUCAACAACAAACAGGCACCGCGCAAGUACAGCCUCGAGCAUAUCUACGACGAAAUCCAGUAUCCUCCGGUGCCGGACGUGGCCGGAAGCAGCACCGCGACACUCGCGCGAGAUGAGACGGACGCCAGCUACAGCAACCCGGCGGUCGUCACGUAG